AUGACCCGAUCGCCGAUACAAGCUUUGCCGCCCUUCGGCAUAGCCAUCAAGCGGCCAGCUUUAUAUCUCGAGAUACUCGUCAAAUCAACUUCUGUCUCGACCGAACAUCUUGUUUUGUCUUCCUCUUGUUGUCCUGAAGUUUCUAUCUCAAUGCCACAACUUUCCAUUUUUCGUGUUCCGGACUUGUCCGUCUCGAUACUCCGCGUUCGUCCGUAUGCGCUCAACUUUGUCUAUCUUGAUUUCUACUCGUUCGUUUCCCGAUUUUCUUCGAUCGAAAUGUUUUAUUUGACUUCUAGCUCCUCUCCAUGA